GUCAAGAGGAAGGGGUGCUGCUAAUUUCUAUGUGCCUGAAAUGUCAAUUUGGGUCUCAGAUUGCAUCCCCAUGUUUUGGUGUUAGGGCAUCCUCGCUCCUCUCCAAACGCAGAAUACCUACAUACGCGCACAGUGGAUGUCGUAGGACGCGGCGUGAGAGUAGCAUAAUAUUAUUUUCAUUGAAACGACACUGAAAGUACACAUACCUACUGGCAUCUCUCCUGCUGGAGAGACCAGACCAGGAGCAUCCGUUCACUUUUCCACGGUAGGCUAUUGUAGAAGGCUAUAUGCUGCCUAGUCUGUUGUAGUGAAGGUACUGAUAGCGAAAGGCACCAACAACUUUUUAAAUUCAUUUUUCAACCGCAAGUUUUACAUUUGGAACAACGGACCUCGCGGAUUUCAUGUGGCGAUUCACUUGACAGAAGAAAAUAGUCUGCUUACAUUUUUUAACAUACCAAACUUGUUGGACUCAUCAUCAGCUUUGAAAUAUGUUCAGUAAGUGUUUGGUCACAUUCUUGCAUUUCUCAAUUCUGGUGCGUGUGUUGAUGGCUCAUGAAUGUAAGCCCUGUGAUACCCGGACGUGUCCGCUGAAAGCCUGCGAGAGUGGCCGGACUCUAGCCAAGGACCCGUGCGGAUGCUGCGACCAGUGUAGCCGGCUGGAGUGGGAGCCGUGCGGCGGCAAGGACUGGGAACUGGGCUACUGCGCUUUAGGACUAACCUGCGCGGCUGUCAGCCAAAUCGGAGCUGCAACGCUCCCUGAUAUAGGAGUUUGUAAAGUUCUGCCUGACAGCCCGGAGGCUGGGUUGGAGGAUGAGCGCUGCCCCCUGCAGACAGGCUGUGACAGAGCGGGGGCCAUGUGUGUGUGUGACGCUCGUCAAUCCUGCCUGAGCUCCUUCGCCUACCCUGACAUGGAAUCCUGCAUGAGGGCUGGCAAGACAGAGAGCCGUAGACAUGAGCACCGGGACAGGCAGAGGGAGAAGUUUGUGGGCCCCUCCAACCCAGCCUGCAUGUUUUCUGGGUGCAACCUGACAGGACAGGGCUGUGUGUGUGAGUCCCAGAGCUGCCACCACCACUUCACCUACAUCAACCGCAGCCAGUGCCAGGAGGCCGCAGAGGAGAUGAAGUGUGUCGGGAUCACAUGCCCUGCUCUGUCCAUGCCCUCCUGCCCUGAGGGCUCGGUUCUGACCAAGAGCUACACUCCCCCUGCUGGCUGCUGCCCCACUGUGCCCCCCCAGUGCACCUGUGACCUCCGCACGUGCCACAAGCCCCAGUGCCCCUCCGGCCAGAAGACUGUACCACUCAGCCAGGCCACCGGCAAGCCAGAGGACUGCUGCGACGUGUUAGAAUGCGUGAAAGUUUCCCCCAAGUGUGUCCACAACGGGAAGGAGUUUUCCGAGGGGGAGGUGUACCGUAUGGACCCUUGCUGGCUCUGCCAGUGUCGAGGAGGGAUAUCCUUCUGCUCCAAAGCGGAAUGUGCGGAACUGGACUGUGAGAACUUCUACAUCCCAGAGGGAGAAUGCUGCCCUGUAUGCAUAGAUGUGGAGCUCCUGUCUAUGGACAGCACAGAGGCCAGUUGUUGGGUGAACAACAAGCUGCGUGGCCACGAGGAGCAGUGGAAGGAGGAUGACUGCACCUUCUGUCAGUGUGUGGAUGGAGACCCUCACUGUACCGCCAUGGCCUGCAAACAGAGCUGUCAGAACCCAGUCAAGAUCCCUGGAGAAUGCUGCCCCUUCUGCGAGGAGCCUUCGUAUGAGACGGUGAGCCCUAUGCUGUGUCCUCGUCUGGAGAACUGCUCUUUCUCAGGGAAGGACUGCCCCUACGGCUUCCAGCAGGACAACAACGGCUGCCUGCUCUGCCAGUGCCUCAACCAUUACUCCUGCCCUGACCUGGGGAAAUACUGCUCGCUGCAAUGCCCCGUGGGAUACGAGAAGGAUGACUUUGGCUGCGAGGUGUGUGAGUGCAACUCUCCAAUGCCCAAGUGCCGACCCCUGACCUGCAGCAAGACCUGCCCCUACGGAUAUGUGAGGAAUAAGCACGGCUGUGAGAUGUGUCGCUGUGUCAAGUGUCCCCCCUUCACUUGUGACAAGCACUGCAGCGAUGGCUACCGGCAGAACAGGAAGGGCUGCUCCAUCUGCAUGUGCAAAGAGAGUGGCCACCUGCCAAGCACCACUGCCCCCACCCCUAUGCCCAGCCACUGCCUGACCUCCAACGGGCACCGCUAUGAGAAGGGCGAGAGCUGGCACGACGGCUGCCGCGACUGCUACUGCCACACUGGGAGAGAGAUGUGUGUGCUCAUAUCCUGCCCUGUGCCCAGUUGCGCCAACCCCGUGGUCAGGCCUGACCAGUGCUGCCCCACUUGUGAAGAUGAAUCAGGAAGUGGUCAGCCGGAGGGCAUGGACCUGGUGGUGUGCCGGGCCCCUGGGGGGGAACUCUAUGUGGAGGGAGAGACCUGGAACCUGGACGAUUGUACACGCUGCACCUGCAGGAAGGGCCGCGUCCUGUGCGACACUGAAGUGUGUCCCCCUGCUGUGUGUCAGGCCCCAACCAGGAACAAGGACACCUGUUGCCAUGUCUGCCCAGAGGGUCCCCUGCUCCCAGUGGCACCAGUCAUACUGCCGGUGUAUCUCCUGGGAGAUGUUAUACGUGCUGUUGGCUGGGGACACCUGGAAGGCCAAUGCCUGCACCAGUUGUUCCUGCAACAACGGAACCAUUCAAUGUUUCUCCCACUGCCGGUGCCUAGCCCUGCAGAGUGCCCGUCCUGCGCAAGGGACCACAAGACCAGGGUUGCCUAG